CUCCAGUGUUCUUCAGCUAUACUCGGUCCGACACCUGAAUCUAGGAAAUAGCAACAAAAAUAUGUCUCUUCAGAUUUCAGCAGUCCCAUCAUCUCCUCCCGUUCAAGAAAGAAGCCCGGCCGCUGAACGGCGGUCGGCGAUUUUUCAUUCAAGCAUAUGGACAGAUUACUUUCUAAAAUAUGCUUCUGACUCCAACUUGACGAGUUCCCAUGGCAUAGUAGAGGAACAAAUUGAGAGAUUGAAAGGAGAAGUUAGGAAGAUGUUGACAAGUGCUACGGAUAAGCCUUCGCAGAAGUUGAACUUGAUUGAUCAAAUUCAACGCUUGGGAUUGGCCUACCAUUUUGAACUUGAGAUAGAUGAGCAGCUGGAACAAAUCCAUAGAAGCUAUUUCAAGUUUCACUGUGGCGAUAACGACGACAACCUACACACCAUCGCUCUUAUCUUUCGAUUAUUACGACAACAAGGUUUCAAUGUUUCAUGUGAAAUCUUUCACAGGUUCAGGGACACCGAAGGGAAUUUCAGCAAAUCGAUCAUCGCCGACAUGCAGGGACUACUAAGUCUAUUUGAAGCUUGCCAUUUGAGUUAUCACGGUGAAGAUAUUUUGGACGAUGCACUCGCUUUUACGAUAACUCACCUGGCAUCAAUUGAUAAAAGACAAGCAAGCCCUAAUCUUGAAAAACAAGUGAGUCAUGCGCUACGUCAGCCAAUCCAUAAGGGUCUGCCAAGGCUUGAGGCGAGGUGUUACAUUCAAUUCUACCAAGAGGAGCCUUCGCAUAAUGAAGUCCUACUCUCCUUGGCUAAGCUCGAUUUCAACUCACUGCAAGAGCAACACCGAAAGGAACUUGGCAACCUUACCAGGUGGUGGAAGGAUUUAGAUAUAGAGAGGGAGUUCCCAUUUGCUAGAGAUAGGCUUGUGGAGAUGUAUGUCUGGAUGUUAGGAGUUUCUUUCGAGCCGGAUUAUGAGAUCGCUAGAGGAAUAUUUACCAAAAUGAUGAUCAUUAUUACCAUUCUCGACGACAUCUAUGAUGUCUAUGGCACAUUGGAAGAACUAGAACUCUUCACGGAAGCAAUCGAAAGGUGGGAUGUCGAUGCCAAAGAAGGAUUGCCAAAGUGCAUGCAGGUGUUUUACAAGACAAUUCUUGAUUUGUAUGAUGAAAUUGGCUACGAACCGACCAGAAAAGGAAGAUCAUACUGCCUCUUCUAUGGAAAAGAAGCGAUGAAAAUCCAAGUGAGAGCGUACAUGGCCGAAGCCAAAUGGUUCCACCAAGGCCACGUACCGACGAUGGAGGAGUACAUGCCCGUUGCAUUAACAUCCAUUGGUUGUCAAUUGACAUUUGUGACAGCGUUUCUGGGAAUGGGAGAUGUCGUAACAAAAGAUGCAUUUGACUGGUUAUUAUUCAGCGACCCCAAGAUAGUGAGGGCUACACAAGUAAUCACCCGGCUCAUGAAUGACAUUGCUGGACACAAGUUUGAGCAAGAGAGAGGUCAUGUGGCAUCUUCGGUGGAGUGUUUCAUGAAACAAUAUGGCGUUAUGGAGGAAAAGGCAAAGGAGGAACUCGGCAAACAAGUGGCCAAUGCGUGGAAGGACAUUAACGAAGAGAUGCGCCGUCCGACCGUCGUUCCCAGGGUACUCCUCAUGCGAAUUAUCAAUUUUGCCCGAUCCAUUAAUGCGGCAUAUGGAGACGGCACAGAUUACUACGUGAAUGCUGGAACUAAUUUCAAAGAGUAUGUGACUUGUCUGCUCGUCAAUCCAUUGCCAGUGUGAUGGCUUGGAAGAACAAGAUGAAGUACCAAGCCGUCAUCGAUUGCGCUAGACAUUUCCGAAUCUGCUUUGCGUCCAAUUUGAAUUGUGUGUUAACACUCGAUCCUUGCUCUUAUUUGGCCUGAGAGCCCCCUUCUUUUUCUAGUGGAUUUCGAAUAAAAUAAAACAAGAGGAGUCUGUAAAAAGUGUGACGUUGGAAUAUAUUAAUGUUCUAUAGUA